CCCUGAUCCGAUAUCCACAGGUGCAAUUUGUCAGCAAUCGUCGAAUUUUAAACCGCUUACAUGGAUCAGAUUCGAAGGAAGUCGCCAAUUUAUCCAUAUGUUGUUUUCACAUUGCGUUCUCAUUCCAUUCUCGUCCUAGCGAUUUGUACAUUAUCUAUCUCCUUUAUUUACACGUUAGUCGUGAGGAAAUAUCGACGCCUUUGAAUCCGCUUAUAUACCAGGUACUCACUCUUACACUGAUAAGCCCCAAGAAGCAUGGAGACCAGUUCUCGUCGUAAAGCAUGUGAUACAUGCUGCAAGAAGAAAAUCAAGUGUGACAUGAUGAGGCCGGCAUGCUCAAACUGUGUAUUAUAUAAAGUGCCGUGUAUUACGACUACUAGUCCAAGAAGAGCAGCUCAAAUAUCCCGAAGGGCAUCUCGGGCAACAAGUACCAACGUGGAGGAUAACGAUAGUCUUGAAGCGCGUCUGGCGCGGAUUGAGGCCAAGCUAGACAGAAUUAGUGACCCCAGCGUUAUCACGAAAACAGACCAAGUGUCCAGCAACUCCUCAAGUCAGGGUCAGGCUGUCGAAUCUGUUAUUUUAUCAGUUGAUACCCCUUUGAAAACACCUACUCCGCGUGUUUUAGAGAGCCACGGGGAAUAUUGUUUACCCCCUCUGACAGAGAUAUUACCAGUUAUCGACGACUAUUUCCGUGAUUUCAAUAGUGCCUUACCCCUAUUUCACCAACAACACUUCAUGCAAAUGGUCCUAGAAUUUUAUUCCGAACAGGAUCUCACCAAGAAGUUAAGGGCUGUCUGGGCCGCGAUAAAUGUGGUACUUGCCCUUGGAUACCGCAUUAAGACUGUUGAAGCAGGCGAGAUCAUAGUUCGAUUUGACGAUGUUAAACUUAAGCAUUGCAUCGAUAACGCCCAAAGGGAAUUGGACGAGCUUGUGACACGGGAAGAAGACACACUUGGGAUAGAAGUUAUCUUGGGUCUAGUCAUCCUCUUCCAGACGAACACUGAUCAGAACCCAGCCUCAGUUCUGAUCGGCACCGCUGUUCGGCUAGCUCAUAGGCUCGGGCUUCACAUGAAGUCAACCUUGUCCCAAUUUUCGCCAGAUGUUGCCCAACAUAGAAGCAAUAUAUUCUGGCUCUGCUACUAUUUAGAUAAAGAUAUCUGUUUCCGCUCGAAAAUACCCUCUAUCCAAUGCGACUAUGACAUAGACUUAGACCUGCCAGAGGACAACGGCAACUACCUUCAAAGCAUCGAUGGGAGCUCGCAGCUCAAUUACCUCCGCGCCCGAGUCCAGCUCGCGUACCUCGAAGGCAAGAUUUACGACGACCUGCUGAGCAACCGGUCGUCGAGAAUAUCGCUGGAGGCGCGCCAGGAGCGGGUUACGCAUCUCGACGGACUCCUCAACCGGUGGGUGCAGACGAUACCGGAACCGAUGCAGCUCGAAAAGAUAACCGAGACCGUGGCGAAGGCGCCGCUCUCCCAUUUGAUUCUUCUGUACCACACUUAUUUGAUAUGCUAUACGACGAUCAAUGGCCUCUAUUCCCUUAGCUCGCCUUGGAUGAAAGCGGUCAAUGGCGUUAGUGGUGCCGUCCUCCGCAGUUUCGAGACUCGCGCGGGGUCUUCUUGCGCGAAGCAUCAGCAACCACUGCUGCCUCGAUUCUGGGAUACAUGCGUUCGAGCCAGUCGUGGGUGUCUGAAUAUCUUAAACAAUAAACGCUACAGCGGAUGUAACUUGUGGCUCGGCGGCUGCGCCUACUUUUCCGCCUUCGUCGUCUUACAAGCCAACAUCAUAUACUUUCCUUCGCACGAGCUGGUAGACUACGACCGGGAGCUUAUGAAGACCACGAAGGAAUGCAUCGCGAAGGUAUUAGACCAGUCCGGGUCGGAGUCUUUCAAGACGCUGCAAGUUGUUCUCUCGAGCUUAGAGCAGGCCGCGAAUUAUGCCGCCGAGCAGGCGAAGAGCUUCGACCAAGCUUUUGAGUUUGAUCCUAUACCAUUAUCAUUAUCCGCCACCCGAUCUGAUUUUCAUUACACCUACGCGCCGUCGCAGUUUGAGACGUUUUCCAACGGUGAUGUAAGUCAGAACAACUUGAUUGCUCAUCCCGAGAUGCCGGCUCAGGAGGUCAUGUGGCCGCAAGGUUCGACCUUCGGAAUCGCCAACAACAGCAGCAGCACCUUCGCCGGGAUGGAUUUUAGCGACGAGCUGUCGGUACCGGAAUUUAUGCGGGAACUUCUCUGAGAGAGUACCUCAGGCAUUUGCAUAUUGGAUGACGGUAUGAAGUACUAUGUUAUGCGGCCUAGCUGCAUGUAAUUGGAGACCUUGAUGGGAUACGGGAUGAUAACAGGCAUUAUGGAGCAGAUGAUUGGUCGAAGCUAUACCAAGGAAUGUGUAACAUGGCGGAUAUGAUGUCAUGUAUUCAUGGACAAACAUAGUUCUGGCCAUUGAGGGGAUUCGGAUUACAAUUCCCGAUCGAUAAAGUGUGUAAGGAUGGUAAGGAUGUAAGGA